CUCCGACAAUUACGGUAGAGCCCAUCUGCCCCCGCGGGAGGCUGGGCGCCUCCGGUUGCGCAUGCGCGGGUGGGCCGCGUGGCCUUGCGCGAGUGCGUGCGGCGGCCUCGCGCGCAGCAGGACAUGGCGAAGAGCCUGAGGAGCAAAUGGAGGAGGAAGAUGCGGGCGGAGAAGAGGAAGAAGAACGCGCCCAAGGAGCUGGAGAGGCUGAAGAAGAUCCUGGGAACCAAAGCGGAUGUCAUCAUGGAGGAGGUCAAGGAGGUGGCGACCGUGGUGCCCCCCGAGAAGAUCCUGGAGGCGAAAGAUGACUGCAAAAUGGAGCUGGAUAAUAAACGAAACAAAAAAACUCUUCUAGACCAGCAUGGACAGUACCCAAUAUGGAUGAAUUCCAGGCAAAGAAAGAAGCUUAAGGCUCAGCGUGUUAAAGGGAAAAAAAAAUCAAAGUUGGCCAAAGGCCUCGUCUGGUAAAAUCAGUUUUGUAAAGAUCGUGAAUAUUUUAUUUAACAAAAUAAAUUUUCCACAUAAAUUCAUGAGAUUUUGUGCUUGGUCACUGCGUAUAAUUUAUCGUGUUGAAUGAAUUUUUGAAGAGACUAUUUGGUCAGCAAAUGAUGAAAGAAAUUACAGUUUGGUGUCUGCCAAGCUUAAAAAGCAAGUUGAGUGCCUUUGAAUAGA